GAAACUAAAAUUCGCAGAGGCAGAACGACUUCCCCCAUAGUUCCCGAACUAGAAUAUGGCGGAGUUGGGAUUCGAACUGGACAACCUACAGAAUUGAAGCCCUUGAAAGAAAAGGCCGCUGCUGCCAUGGCGCAGACCCUACAGAUGGAGAUUCCGAACUUUGGCAACAGCAUCCUUGAGUGCCUCAAUGAGCAGCGGCUGCAGGGCCUGUACUGUGAUGUGUCAGUGGUGGUUAAGGGCCACGCCUUCAAGGCCCACCGGGCUGUGCUGGCUGCCAGCAGCUCAUACUUCCGGGACCUGUUCAACAGCAGCCGCAGUGCCGUGGUGGAGCUGCCAGCUGCAGUGCAGCCACAGUCGUUCCAGCAGAUCCUUACGUUCUGCUACACAGGCCGGCUGAGCAUGAACAUGGGGGACCAGUUUCUGCUCAUCUACACAGCAGGCUUCCUGCAGAUCCAGGAAAUCAUGGAGAAGGGCACUGAGUUCUUCCUCAAGGUCAGCUCCCCAAGCUGUGAUUCCCAGGGCCUGCAUGCUGAGGAGACCCCAUCCUCAGAGCCUCAGAGCCCUGUGGCACAAACGUUGGGCUGGCCAGCCUGUAGCACACCAUUGCCCCUUGUGUCCCGCGUCAAGACGGAGCAGGAGUUGGACUCUGUGCAGUGUACACCAGUGGCCAAGAGGCUGUGGGAUAGCAGCCAAAAGGAGGCCGGAGGCAGCGGUGGCAGCAAUGGCAGCCGCAAGAUGGCCAAGUUCUCCACACCAGACCUGGCCCCCAACCGGACGCCCCAGCUGGCCCCAGUGGCCACAGCUGCAGCAGCUGUGGCAGUGGUGGCAGUAGGGGGGGGUGUGAGUGGGCCCAGCACGUCAGAGCGGACCAGCCCAGGUACCUCCAGUGCUUACACCAGUGACAGCCCUGGUUCCUACCAUAAUGAGGAGGAUGAAGAGGAGGACGCAGGUGAAGAGGGCACAGAUGAACAGUACCGGCAGAUCUGCAACAUGUAUACCAUGUACAGCAUGAUGAAUGUUGGCCAGACAGCCGAGAAGGUGGAGGCCCUCCCAGAGCAGGUGACCCCUGAGUCCCGCAGUCGCAUUCGGGUGCGGCAAGACCUGGCAUCUCUCCCGGCUGAGCUUAUCAACCAGAUUGGCAACCGCUGCCACCCAAAGCUCUAUGAUGAGGGCGAUCCCUCAGAGAAGCUGGAGCUUGUGACAGGCACCAACGUGUACAUUACAAGGGCACAGCUUAUGAAUUGCCACGUCAGUGCAGGCACAAGGCACAAGGUCCUACUGCGGCGGCUCUUGGCUUCCUUCUUUGACCGGAACACACUGGCCAAUAGCUGUGGCACCGGCAUUCGCUCUUCCACCAAUGACCCCAGGCGAAAGCCACUGGACAGUCGUGUCCUCCAUGCUGUCAAAUACUACUGCCAGAACUUCGCCCCCAACUUCAAGGAGAGUGAGAUGAAUGCUAUUGCGGCUGAUAUGUGCACCAAUGCCCGCCGUGUGGUGCGCAAGAGCUGGCUGCCGAAAGCCAAGCCCCUACACCUGGCAGAGGGCGAUACCUACAGCAGCUUCAUCAGCGACACUGGCAAGAUAGAGCCGGACAUGAUGAACAUGGAACACAGCUUCGAGACAGCCAGCCACGAUGGCGAGGCCGGCCCCUCGGCUGAGGUUCUUCAGUAACAUAAGUGUGACCUUCCCAUGGGAUGUCACACUCCCCCUCCUGUCACAUACCCCCACCCACCACCUGGUCACGAGCUACUGUCUGUCCCUCCCCAGGACCUAUGAGGGGUGCUGCUUUUCUCUGGCCUCAAGAAUUGGCUGCCCAAGGCACCUGCUGCACCUGUUGGAGGGCAGUGCUUAUAGCAGCCUCCUCAGCAACACUGAUCAGUUAGAGCCAGUUAGCCGGACAUGACGGCAGGGAACACAGCUUUCAGAGAGCCAGCCCCCUCAGCCAGGUCCUCCAGUAACCGCCCAGGACCCCCCUCCUCCAUGGAUGUCACACUCCCCCUCCUGUCACUCGACACCCACCACCUUAGAACUACUGUCCGUCCCCAGGACCCACAGGGGUGCUGCAUGCUCCCAGCCCUCUGCCUCCUUGUCAUCCCACACCCCUCCCCAAAGCAAACUGGGCUGGGUCAGGAGAGGACAGGCAUUGGGUGGGGCCUGUGGCCUCCCACAACACAUGCAGGGGGAGCCCUGGUUCCCCUUCCUUUUAGGCAUUUCCCAGCACCAGGCCAGCUGGGGGAAAGGCAGGGCUCAGCAAGAACCUCUGCCCCUAACUGCAGCUGCUUGGGACUCCAGGGGCCCAGGGGUUCUCAGGACCCCUCCCACCCCCCACCCCCAGUGCUUCCACUUCUCCAAAAGCGCCUUCCUGUCCCUCUUGUCUGUCCCUGCGCCUUGGGGCUAGGGUAGGCGAGGCCAAGAGGGACUGCCCACUUUGCAGCUGAGGAAACAGGCCCAGAGAAGGCUCGGAGAAAUUUCAGAACUGACCCUUGGUGGUGACAGCCUCCAUCGUACCCCUCCUAAGCCCGCCCUAUUCUGCCUGUAUGGGUCCCCUCAGCCCAAGAGAGCGGGGCUCUUGUGGGCAGAUGUGGGUCUCAGGACAGGUUUCCAGACUGGCAAAGCGUGUGGGUGUUGGUGUGCAUGCCUGCUUGUGUAAAGCAUUUGCUUUCCAAAACAUGAAGAUCUUAGAAAUGGUAAGACCGGGGUUGGAACCAGGGAGCAGGCUUGGAGGCCACUGCCCUUCUCCUAUCUGCCCCUGGGCAGGGCUCCCAGCCCCCACCCCCACCCCCUGUACAUAACUUUUUGAAACUUUUUUUAGCGAAUGAAAUAUUGAAGUAUAAGAUUUCCUUUUAUUUUUCAAACCAAUGGGACUGUGUCUGAGGGGUCCCUGGGUGUGGUCUGUGGAAGGCAGGAUGCAGGGUAGGCUCUGUGUGUGUGUGUGUGUGUGUGUGUCCCCACAUGCACAUGUGUGGUAGAUACUUGUGUAUGUGUGAGAUGAGGGUGCAUGUUACCAUGGGGGGAGUCCACUCCCAGAACCCCUGGGCUGCUGUAGGUCCAACCAUCUCCCCCUUCCCCAAGACUACAGUUUGAAGGUAUUCCAGGUCCCACUUGGCUGAGCCCACUCCUGAGGGGUGGGUCAGGGCAGGGCCCACGUCCAUAGUUAGUGGUUUGCAGAGUUUUCUCUCGCCAUUCCUUUAUAUUCUAGCUCUCCCAGAGCAUGUUCUUGGGUGUUUGAGUUUUACAUGUGAACAUCAGGGAGGAGGGGUUCCGGUUUACUCCUUACCUCUGUUGUCAUAUCACUAUCUCACUGGUUCCUUUCUAGCCUUGACUUCCCUGCCUCUCCUCCCCAGCUCUGCAUCUUAGUUCCCUCUUCAAAGGCAGGGCUUAUAGGAUUGGAGAAGGUAGGCUGGAGCCUUUUGAGUAUGAUCUGGAGACCUGUCCCCUCAGCCUAACAGUACCUGCUGGGGUCCCUCCUAACAUCUGGUGAGGGUGGGGGGUAUUGGGUCUGGCCUGGCCACAGAACCUUAGCCUGGGAGACCAAGUGGAGGGGAGUCGACACCCCUAGCUAAAGCACAAGCACCUUAGUCGCACCCCUUUCCUCCACCCUUGCCCUGGCCUGCUGCCCCACCCCAGCGCAGAUCCCAAAGCACAAUCUCCUGGUAACUUGGCAUGUAGUUGAUCCUGGCCAUGGUGAGGCAGGCUGUGUUCCUCCAAGCUGAGUGAGGGGCAGCUUACUGGGGCUCAGGUUUUGCUUAGCCUGCUGUUCCAUCUAAGCCCUUGCAGCACAGAAUGGGCAUCAGAGCCCAUUCAUUCCAAGGACCUCAGGAGGUGGUCCUGGCUCCCGGGACUGGGGGGGGGGGUUGGGGGGAGGGAAUCAGGCCAGGGGUGCAGGGGAGGAAACUACUCACUAGGAGAGCCAAAGACAGGGUUGUGCCUUACCCCAGGAGCCCACCCCUGCGCCCCUCCCCUGGCAGUCAGCUGCUUGCCCCCCACCCCUACCCUGCCCUCUUAAGCUGCAUGGUCCCCAUCCUGGGCAGCCAGGAGAGUGAAAGAAGAACCCAUCUAGUAGGACAGGGAACUGGGGCAAACCUGCUGGCCGCCCUCCCACCCAUUGCCUCUUUCACAGGGACAGGCUGCCCACUGACCCAUGUGAAGUGCCAAUGCCCUCCACACCUGAGGCCGAGCCCCCACCCCUCCCCAGCCAGCAAGUGAGAUUGCACACUAACUACUGUAUGGAGAGGAGUGGCGUUGGGAAAUGUGAACCCUGAGAGUCAGUGAUGCUGAUAAGAAUAAACAAAACGCCUUUGUAACAACCCUA